AGAGCGUCGUGCGCGUGCAGAAGUGCAUCUGACUGUAGCGUGAACGCGCGGACGAGCUGCGCGCUCCUGACUGCGCUCAGUGCGGCUCGGACAGACGCGGGACCGGACCGUGCGUCCUCUGCGGGGAACUCGAGAGGAACUUCCGCCGCGCGGAGCGAUGCAGGAGCGCUUCAUCAUGGACCUUCUGCUGCUCCUGUCUCUGUCGGCGCUCUGUGUUUCUGCGGAGCAGGAGGUGGAGAAUCUCUCUGGACUUUCACCGAAUCCCGACCGGGAUAUUUUCGUAGUGAGAGAAAAUGGAACGACCUGCUUGAUGGCGGAGUUUGUGGUGAAAUUCCUGAUUCCGUACGACGUCCUGGCACUGAACGGGAUCGAUCUGAUCACGGAGCAGGCGUCCGUGUCGAUCCCGCGUGGAGCUCAGAUCGCUGGGAGAUGUGGGAGCAGUGAGUCGGAGCUGCAGAUCUCGUGGAACAAUCACGCUUUCACAUUCCGCAUCUUCUUCUCAAAGGAGAAGCGCACGAUGGGCAGUGAUGGAAAAGCUAAAGAAGCUGAAGUGUGGAAGAUAAACAAGGUCCAGCUGGUCUACAACACUUCAGAGGGGACACACUUCAUUAACGCUUACAAUCCGGGGAAACACACGGCCAGCACACACCAUCUCUCCGCUCUGGUGACUCCGGCCGGACGCUCGUUCGUUUGCUCGGCUCAGCAGAUGUUCACACUGAUCUCCAGCGACCAUCAGAAGGGAAUCACCGUCUCCAUGUACGACAUUCAGAUUCAACCCUUCGACAUCAAGAGCGACUUCGUCUUCAGUGAACCGUAUAAGUGCAUCACGGACGAGCGGGAGCAGCUGGAGCAGAUGCUGCCGCUGGUGUUGGGUCUCAUCCUGGGUCUCAUCAUCGUCAUCACCAUCUCCGUCUAUCACUUCCACCUCAAACUGACCGCCGCGCAGCAGCCGCAGCUUCCUCGAGACCGCUCGCUCUACAAGAACAUGUGAAGACCCCCUGCAGUCCGUCCCUCAGCGCACGUCACAGUCCAGGCGCCUCAAUGCACGUCCUUAGAACUCCGCUUUUCUUUCUGCCUUCUGUGUGUCAACUGUAUGGAAGCCCAUUUCCACCAUAAAAAUAAAUAAAUAAAUAAAUAAAUUAAUUAAAAGGUAAUUGCAACUUUUUUUCAGAAUUGCUAAAACUCU